GGGGACGGCCGGGGGGCGGGGUCUGCCUGCGCGUCGGAACGGUGGGUGCUGCGAGGAGCGAGGCUGGGGUUGAAAAUUGGCAGUUCUGAGGCUUUCAGACCAAAGAAGACUUUCCUCUCUCACUGACAAUCUCCACCAUGAUUCAUAGCCUCUUCUUGAUCAACUCCUCAGGAGAUAUUUUCCUGGAAAAACAUUGGAAAAGUGUGGUCAGCCGUUCUGUUUGUGAUUACUUUUUUGAGGCGCAAGAGAGAGCGACUGAGGCAGAAAAUGUACCUCCAGUUAUCCCUACCCCUCACCACUAUCUCUUAAGUGUUUACCGUCACAAGAUCUUUUUUGUGGCUGUGAUCCAGACAGAGGUCCCACCUCUAUUUGUUAUUGAGUUCCUUCACCGAGUAGUGGACACAUUUCAGGAUUAUUUUGGAGUCUGUUCAGAGCCUGUGAUCAAAGACAAUGUGGUUGUGGUUUAUGAGGUACUAGAAGAGAUGCUUGACAAUGGGUUUCCAUUGGCUACCGAGUCAAACAUCCUCAAAGAACUGAUAAAGCCUCCCACUAUCCUUCGAACGGUCGUCAACACCAUAACAGGAAGCACCAAUGUGGGGGACCAGCUUCCUACUGGACAGCUGUCAGUGGUGCCCUGGCGAAGAACUGGGGUGAAGUAUACCAACAAUGAGGCCUAUUUUGAUGUGAUCGAAGAGAUUGAUGCUAUCAUUGAUAAAUCAGGUUCCACAAUUACUGCUGAGAUCCAGGGGGUCAUUGAUGCCUGCGUCAAGCUGACUGGAAUGCCAGACCUUACGCUUUCCUUCAUGAAUCCCAGGUUGUUGGAUGAUGUCAGCUUCCAUCCUUGUGUUCGUUUCAAGCGCUGGGAAUCUGAGCGUAUCCUCUCCUUCAUCCCUCCUGAUGGAAACUUUCGCCUGCUCUCUUACCAUGUCAGUGCACAGAAUCUGGUGGCAAUUCCAGUGUAUGUCAAACAUAGCAUCAGUUUCCGGGACAGUAGUUCACUUGGACGCUUUGAAAUAACAGUGGGACCGAAGCAGACUAUGGGGAAGACCAUAGAGGGAGUGAUUGUCACCAGCCAGAUGCCCAAAGGGGUCCUGAAUAUGAGCCUCACUCCAUCUCAGGGGACACAUACAUUUGACCCAGUUACCAAGAUGCUGUCGUGGGAUGUAGGAAAAAUAAAUCCCCAAAAGCUACCAAGUUUGAAGGGGACCAUGAGUCUUCAGGCUGGAGCUUCCAAGCCAGAUGAGAACCCCACAAUUAAUCUGCAGUUUAAGAUCCAGCAGCUGGCCAUUUCUGGACUCAAGGUGAAUCGUCUGGAUAUGUAUGGAGAAAAGUACAAACCCUUUAAGGGCAUAAAAUACAUGACCAAAGCUGGAAAGUUCCAAGUUCGAACCUGAAGGGAGAGUUUUGCAAAAAGAACAGUCAUGAAUGCUUUUUCAUUUCUUACUUGUCUAAAAGUAAAAAAUACCAGCCUGUCUCCUAGGUCAGUAUCCCCUUCUGGACCCACCUGCUCCCUUUUUUCCUUAGCCUUCAGUGCCACGGAGCUAAUCAAGGGAGAGAAGGUCGCCAGGGAGAACUGGACAGAACUGAAACACAAUCAGCACCAACUCAGUUCUGCGAGAAGAGAUGUGUGACGGAGGGUAGAGACACUUGAUGCCAUAUUUGACUAUUCUUAACAUGGCUACCAUAGAAAAAGACUAGCAUUUGUUACUUGCUUGGCUUUAAUGAUCUAAGCCAACGAAUGACCUCUUUUUGUUUUUUAAGGUAGAAAGAUUAGAAAGAAGGAAAGAAAGCUUGGAAGAGUAUGAAUGUUAGUCACAGAAAGGUCAGUUAAGGAUCUGAUCUAUGAGGGAGAAGAAAGGAAACAGUAUUGAAGAAGUAUGAGGACACAGGCUCAAGUGAAAGGGGCAGGAAAAGUAGUCAAGCCCCACAUGAAGGAGGGUUGGAAGGAAAAGAGUGGAGUUGGUUUCUUUCUGAUCCCUGUACUUUGAUAUCUAUCUAUAUAAAAUCAUCAGUACUUCUAGAAGUGAACUGGAAACUUCUUAAAUUUGAGUCCACUGAUGACAUGGAAAACCCCGGUAGAAUCAGAUUUUCCCUUGAAGACUAUGACGAUAACCGACCAGUUUUCAGAUACUAACUACUGUUCGCCUUUAGCACUUGGUCUGUCAUCUUCUGUGAGAAGGUGACCUGCCCUCUUCCUGGCGGAGGCCGCCUAAAAUGCCCCUUUUCUAACCCAAAACAGUUUACUCACUUUGCAUUGCAGAAUUCACCAGGCUUUUUCCUGUUACCCAAGGACAAUUUCAGAAAAGCCAAUCCCAUAAUCCCAGGGCAGCCAGAUUUUGUGUGUCACCAUGUUGGAGUGUAGAUGACCAACUCCUUCCUCAUGAAGUGCAUCACAGCUGUAACCCAGUGACUCCUUAUUUAUACUUGUCAGUGCUGGACUAGUGCUGGAGUCUUUAAAAAUUUAUAUAGAAGACAGGUUUUAAAAUUUUUGUUGUAGCUUAAGGAGUGAUACUGUGCUCUGCUUAAUGCAUGGAGAAAAAUGAAGACCUCUCCAAACCCUACAAUUUUUCUCUAAAGCCCUGUUUCCAAAUCCUUCAGCAAUUUUGUUUUGCUAGUUUUAUCUCCCUACUUCCUGGACUUGUUUUUGCUGCAGAGUAAUGUUGCUUUGUGGUUUUCCUCUGGGAUAAAUUGUGCUGUAUACAAACAGGUGUGUUUCAUACUCCCAUCACUCCAGAAUUUGUUCUGAAUGACUAUGCCCUGCAUACAUACCUGGCAGGGUAGGGGAACAGCCCUGCCUGUGAUUCCAGAAUACUCGGAAUUACUUCUUCUGAGGGCUCUGAAGGAUUUUAAGGUUUCCUAGGUCAUAGGAAAACAACCAGUCUUGGUCUCUGGAUAUUUUUAGGUUUGUAAAUCCAGCUGUGAUAUUUCCUCCCAGACAGUUCAUCCUAAUUUCAAGGGAAGAACUUGAGGAGAAAUCAAGUAUCUAGGGUAUGGGACCUCCAGGCCUUAGCAUGUGAAGUAAUGUAUCACCCUCGUAGCAGACCUCUGGAGCCCAGUGGAGCAUCGCGGCGACCACCCAGCAGGGUGUCAGUAUAAGAAGUGCAGGCCGUCUUGGUUGAGCUGUUUGAUUCCAUACGUGUUUAAUAUGUGUGGAAGUAUCUCCUGUGUUUAAAUCGUAAUAAAGUUUGAGUUUUACCAGU